UACAUUUUUCUCGGGAAGAAUUUCAUCCGAGCACCAAGUCGCUCCUAUGCUGAUGCAAGUUCAAUGAGUGAGCUACCAGCUGUGCUAUUACACGUGUGAAGAUGACAGACUGUCAAGGGGAUGCGGCGAGGAGUCCAAUGGAGCUCUAUGAGAAACUGACAGCACAGGGGGACAAUGUGAGGAGCUUAAAAACAGCUAAAGCUGAGAAGGCUGAAAUUGAUGCCGCGGUCCAGUUAUUGCUCAAAUUGAAAGUGGACUACAAACAGGCGACGGGUCAGGACUACAAAGUGGGAUGUCCGCCAUCCGAAAAUUCACUUACCUCAGAAAAUGGCCUCGCAGCAGAUGGCAACAAUGGUGAUGAUGAAGUUAACCCCUGGAGUGUCUCCACAAACAACGCAAAGGGUGUUGAUUAUGACAAACUCAUUGUGCGCUUUGGCAGCAGUAAAAUCGACCAAGAGCUGGUGGACAGAAUAGAGAAAGUGACAGGGCAGAAACCUCACCACUUUCUUCGUCGCGGAAUCUUCUUCUCACACAGAGACAUGCAUCAAGUGCUGGACACGUAUGAGAAACACAAGUCCUUCUUUCUGUACACUGGCAGAGGUCCCUCGUCACAGGCCAUGCAUGUUGGCCACCUCAUCCCCUUUAUCUUCACCAAAUGGCUGCAGGAUGUGUUUGACAUCCCCCUGGUGGUCCAGCUGACAGACGACGAGAAGUACCUGUGGAAGGACCUGACACUGGAGCAGUGCCACCAGUUCGCCGUGGAGAACGCCAAGGACAUCAUCGCGUGCGGUUUCGACGUCAACAAGACCUUCAUCUUCUCCGACCUCGACUACACGGGUGCGUCACCGCAGUUCUACAGGAAUGUGGUGAAGAUCCAAAAGCAUGUGACGUUCAACCAAGUCAAAGGCAUCUUCGGCUUUACAGACAGCGACUGCAUCGGAAAGAUCAGCUUCCCAGCCAUCCAGGCGGCCCCUUCCUUCAGUAACUCUUUCCCACACAUCUUCGGAGACAAAAAGGACGUUCAGUGUCUCAUUCCCUGUGCCAUAGACCAGGACCCCUACUUCCGAAUGACCCGCGACGUGGCCCCGAGGAUCGGCUACCCCAAGCCGGCGCUGUUGCACUCCACUUUCUUCCCCGCCCUGCAGGGGGCGCAGACCAAGAUGAGCGCCAGUGACGCUAAUUCUUCCAUCUUUCUCACCGACACGGCCAAACAGAUCAAGAACAAGAUCAACAAGUAUGCAUUUUCGGGGGGGAAAGACACUGUAGAGGAGCACCGGAAGUACGGCGGUAACGUAGACGUGGACGUCUCCUUCAUGUACUUGACCUUCUUCUUGGAAGAUGAUCAUAAGCUGGAGAAGAUCAGACAGGACUACACAAGUGGCGCCCUUCUGACCGGAGAACUGAAGAAAAUGUUGAUCGAAACCCUGCAGCCAAUCAUCGCCGAGCAUCAAGAGCGACGCAAGCAAGUCACGGACGAGAUGGUCAAGCGGUUCAUGACACCCCGGCCUUUGAAUUUUAACCUCUAGCUCAUUGAUGAACAACAACAAAAACCUGCAUCUUGAUCAAAACUCAUGUCAUUAUACUGGGGAAAAGAACAGAGUGGUUUCUAUCAGGGCUGGGGAAAAUGUUGAUGUCUUUUACUGGAGGGAAGAGGUGCCUGCACUACAUCUCCAUGUUUAAUUUAAAACCGGGAAAUGUGAUUAUAAAGUGUAAAUUAAACUAAUGUCUCACUCCAAUAUGUAUUUUACGGUGGCGUAUUGUCAUAAUAUCCAUCCAUCCAUUUUCUGAGCCGCUCAUCCUAACAACGGUUGCGGGAGUACGAGAGCCUAUCCCAGCUAUCAUUGGGCAGGAGGCGGGGUACACCCUGAACUGGUUGCCAGCCAAUCGCAGGGCAUAUAUAAACAAACAACCAUUCGCACUCACAUUCAGACCUAGGGGCAAUUUAGAGUCGUCAAUCAACCAACUAUGCAUGUUUUUGAGAUGUGGGAGGAAACCGGAGUGCCCCGAGAAAACCCACGCAGGCACAGGGAGAACAUGCAUGUAUAAAUGCCGAUUUUCGUCUAAAAAUAUUACGACUUUAUUCAUAAAAUUAGCUUUUUUUCUGACCAUUAUAUAAAAUUACAACAUAAUUCUCUUAUAUUACAAACUUAUUCUUCUUUUUCCGUGAAAUAUGACUACUACUACUAAGUUUUAUUUUGGAGGUUUUUCAACUUUUCUCUUAGAAUGUACAUUUUAUUAUCAUAAAAUUGUAAAUAUUUUUACUCGAAAAAAUCUGAUUUUCUUGUCAUUUUCCACUCU